UCAGCCCGGUACCGAUGAACAACCGGUAGUGUUGAAGGGAGCCGUGUGGCCGCUCGCUGUUUGCAGCCCUGUUCGCUUUAAACCCUGCGGUCAAACGCACUAGCGCCAUGCCUUUCGAUGUGAGGAGGUUCGAUAUCUACAGGAAAGUGCCGAAAGAUCUCACCCAGCCAACAUACACAGGAGCUUUCAUUUCCAUCCUCUGCUGCAUCUUCAUCCUCUUCCUCUUCCUGUCUGAGCUCACUGGAUUCAUCGCCACUGAAAUUGUAAAUGAGCUGUAUGUGGACGAUCCAGACAAAGACAGCGGUGGGAAGAUAGAUGUGUCGUUGAACAUCAGCUUGCCCAACCUGCACUGUGAAUUGCUGGGUUUGGACAUCCAGGAUGAGAUGGGCCGCCAUGAGGUCGGUCACAUCGACAACUCCAUGAAGGUCCCCCUCAACGACGGGAGAGGCUGUCGCCUCGAGGCAGAGUUCACCAUCAACAAAGUACCUGGAAACUUCCACGUAUCGACACACAGCGCCACAGCUCAGCCCCAAAACCCUGACAUGACCCACACCAUCCACAAACUGGCCUUUGGCGAUAAGCUCCAGGCACAAAAGGUCCAAGGAGCCUUUAAUGCUUUAGGAGGGGCCGACAAGCUGUCAUCUAAUCCUCUGGCCUCACACGACUACAUAUUGAAGAUUGUACCGACCGUGUAUGAGGACCUGUCGGGCAAACAGAGGUUCUCCUACCAGUACACUGUUGCCAACAAGGAAUAUGUUGCUUACAGCCACACAGGGAGAAUCAUCCCUGCGAUCUGGUUCAGGUACGACCUCAGUCCCAUCACCGUCAAGUACACGGAGAGGAGGCAGCCCGUGUACCGCUUCAUCACAACCAUUUGUGCCAUCGUCGGAGGGACCUUCACGGUCGCGGGGAUAAUUGACUCUUGCAUAUUUACAGCUUCAGAGGCCUGGAAGAAAAUCCAGAUCGGAAAAAUGUCCUGAGGACUGCUCCCUACCCCUCCUCACAUUUUAUUUAUAAGUCCAAAGUUGUUAGCCUGUUAGCUAAAUCCAGUCCGGCUCCGACCCAGCUUCCUCGUGGAGAACGUAUCAGCGUGACCGACGAGGAGUCUCCAGCUCUCGAUAUAGCUACCAGGCCACACGGCAUCGUCUCCUUUACUGAAGAUCCUCCCCGGCUCCAUCUGCUCCGGCGAUGUGUGGACGCUUGACUGCCACGUGUCUGCCUUCCCCGUCAUCAGCGCCGAGAGAGGAGCGCUCAUCUCGUUUGUUACUGUGGAGAUGAAACCUUGAGUGCUGGAGGUCAGGAUCCAACCUGCACCUGUCCUUGAAGGCUGAUUUUUUUUUUUUAAAUGAAGUUAAAAAAAAAGAAAAUGAAAUCUGUGCUGUUUUAAAUUUGGUGCUAACACAAUAUUCAUACAAUCUCCAUGUACAGAUGGGUGGGAAAUUAAAGAAAAAAAACUGUGUCCUAAUUUGUUGUUGAGCCAACAUAAACAGCUUCAGGGCUUCUUGAUAUUAUUUGAUUCUUCUUUUGCCAUGUUACGAAAGGUGGAGACUUUUUUAGAAGUUGGUCCAGAAUCCCAUUUUUGUGUUAUUUGUUUCGGCCUGCUGCUGUGGAGACCGUAGCAUAUUAUUGGCGUCAUAUUUGCCCCCAUUGAAUCAUCCAGAAGCAUCUCUAGCCCGGUGGAUGAAUGAUCCAGCAAACAAAGAUCAGAGUUUCUGAACAGGUUCACACUGGCUUUAAAUCAUCAAACAGAGACACAAAAUUCUCCUCCAGGCUGUCUCUGACCUGAGUCAAUUAAAACAAUACAUUUAGAAUUUAACCUUUUAACGUGUUUGACCUGGAUGUCUGUUGAGAUCAAACCUUUUUUCCUUUGUUUCCCCCCCAAGGAGUUGAUGAAAUGGUGCAAUAAAGGCAAUCAAUUAUAAAAGCUCACAAUCAAGACAUGAUAAAACCAUUCCCUUUGAGAGUCUUCCAUCAAAUAACGUGGUCGAUGAUCUUUACAAAUCACCCCAAAGGGAUGAAAUUCUGAAGCUUUCUCCGUGGAAACAGCAGAUCAGAAGCAUUGAUUCCAUCCCAGCCCCACACAUGUAGUGCUGCGACCUCAGAACCAACACGUCUGUUCAUCAGUGAGACGAUAUGAUCGGCACAUUGAACAACAAUCCACCCUCCCUCCUGCGACUAUCAGGCAUCCGUUGGUGGAGUUUGUACUUCUGGCCGUACUGUCCCUUGUCUUCACUGUGUUGGCUCCCAAAACUAAAAAUCUCCACAAGAACACUCCUGGCUCAUAGUAAAGAUUGAAGCAGUUAUUUUAUUUGUUUUAUGAUUUUUUUUUUUUUUUUUUUAAUUCUUGAGGUUGCCACCCAGCUGCAUGUUCUGUCGCAGGAAACUGUGUCAUUCACAGGUAAAUUAUUUCCUGCUCACUCAGCCUCUGACUUCGUUCCAAAAAGGAUUUUCUCAGCCAGCUCUGAUGUUAAGCCAGCACACCGAUCUACCUGUCUUCUGAUUUAAUCAAAACUGCAAAAAAAAAAAAAAAAAAAAAA